AUGCCCGGUACGCGCAGUCGCGCUAGCGCCGCAACCCAGAUCCAUGACGAUGCAGACGACGACCACCCAGCAUCCGCCGGCCUGACCUUCAAUGAGCCCUUGACAUGGCGCGCCGGAAAGCCCAUCCCCGUCGCCGAGCUCCUGCGCCGCCUGCAGGCUCUGUCGCAGGAGCUGCGGGGUCUGGAUCAAGAGGAGGCAGAGCGCGACGCCCUGCUGCCCGUCGCGAAGGAGCUGGCAUCCCAGAACCUGCUGUCGCAUAAAGAUCGCGGUGUCCGUGCUUGGUCUGGCUGCUGCAUCGUCGACAUGUUCCGCCUAUGCGCUCCCGAUGCGCCCUACACCGCGUCGCAGCUGAAGGACAUCUUCAUGCUCUUCAUCAACACCAUAUUCCGCGCCCUCUCCGACCCUUCGGACCCUUACAACAGCCAGCACCUAUAUGUUCUAAAAUCGCUGGCCGAGGUCAAGAGUGUCGUCCUCCUCACCGACAUUCCAUCCUCCAGCAAUCUGAUGAUUGCAUUGUUCACCAUAUGCUUUGACGUCCUGUCGGGCCCAUCCAAAGCCGAGUCGGGCGAGGAGCUGAGCAAAAACGUCGAGCACCAUAUGACGGCCGUGCUCGCAACUUUGGUCGAGGAGUCUCAAGGCCUUCCUGGCGAGGUCGUGGACGUCAUUCUGGCUCAAUUCCUACGCGCGGAUCCCAGGUCGAUAACGGGCAAUGGCGCCAAGGGAAAGAAAGGGUCCCAGCUUGAUGAGAGGCAAUCCACUCUGUUGCUGAGGGAGGCACCGCCCGCGUACAACAUGGCGAAGAACAUUUGCAAUGCAUGUGCGGACAAAAUGGCACGCUUGAUCAGCCAAUACUUCAGCUCCGUCAUCGUAGACGCUACCACGGCUGGUGUUGGCUCUCUCCACAAACCUGGCAAGCAUCGGGGUAGGAGGGAGAGCAGCGUCGGGGACGAUCCUGAUGACGAUCGGCCCCGUCAAGUCACGGAAGAGGAUUUACAAGAAAGCCGCAAGGCCCACAGACUUCUGCGCGAGCUAUGGCGGUCUGCGCCCAUGGUUCUGCAAGACAUUGUGCCCCAGCUGGAGGCCGAGUUGGGUGCGGAAGAUGUUCAACUGCGGAUUCUUGCGACUGAGACCCUCGGAGACAUGGUGGCCGGAAUCGGGGCAGCAGGGCCACCUCCGCCACCAUCCUACAACCCGUCUGCCUAUCCCCCUCAAAGUCUCACAUCUCCUUCGGAACGCCUACAAACUUACAACUUCUUGACUACACCGACAUCUCCUCAUUCAUUUUCUUCGAGAUACCAUCAAGUUUACGAAAGCUUUUUGAGCAGGCGCAACGACAAAUCCCCCGUCAUCCGUUCGGCCUGGGUUACGAGCAUUGGCAGGAUCCUGGCAACUAACGCUGGGGGGGUUGGUCUGGACGUCGAGGACGAGCAAAGACUACUCAAAUUCCUCGGCGACAUGCUUGUGGACGGAGACGAGCGUGUGCGUCUAGCUGCUAUCAAGACGAUUGAGAGGUUCGAGUUCGACGACAUCCUCUCCAAGCUCGGGAGCAGAGGCGGGAUUUCUGAACCCAGUUCCGUCCUCAGUAAUUUGGCCGACAGAGUCCGCGAUCGGAAAUCCGCAGUCCGCACCGAGGCCACCAAUCUUCUCGGCAAGGUUUGGGGAGUCGCUGUUGGUGCCAUUUCUGAAGGCAGCGAGCGUGCCGCUCAGUUGCUUGGUCCAAUUCCUUCUCGCAUCCUAGACGCUUUCUAUCUCAAUGAUCUGGAAGUCAACGUUCUCAUCGACCAUGUUCUCUUUGAGCAACUUCUGCCACUAGGUUACCCGGCAAUCAAGAACAAAUCUCGCAGUCAGGACAACCAAGCAAACGGGAGGACGGAGCAUACUGAAGCUGAUUCUGACAAACUCAGAGUUGAACGAAUCCUCAUCCUCAUCAGAGAUCUUGUUCAGCGGUCCAAGGUGGUCCUAUUCUCCAAGCAGAGCAACCAGGUCAUGCUAGCCAAAUACAUGGAGGCGCUUCUGAAAAAGUGUGAAGAUUACAACGGCGGUGUUAUAGAAAAGGGCGAAAAGGAAACCAAACUCCACCUUGGCAAGCUUAUCGACUACCACGCAAAGACCCUGCCAGAAUCCUCCAGGGCUUCCGAAGACCUCUGGAAGUUCGCCAAGAUGCAUGAUCGCCGGGCCUACCAGCUCAUCAGAUUCUGCAUCGCUCCGGACAGCGACUACAGAAAGGUUUACAAAGCCAUCAAGGAGCUCACCAAGCGCAUGGACGAUGCCACUGGCUCAACGGCGACCAUGCUUGACACUUUGAUACCCCUGAUAUACCGAGCAAGUGUUUUGCUGUACAACAAAAGCCAUGUGCCCGCCAUCAUUGAAUUCUCGCGGACGGACGAGAAGGGUCUCGGGAGCACAGCUCAUGAAGCGCUCAAGGAGAUUUCUUCCCGCAACCCCGACGUUUUCCGAGGCUACGUUCAGGAAAUGUGCAGAGCGCUGGAGAACGAAGCGCCAACGGCGAAAAAGUCGAAUGGACCCGGUGCGGUGGACGAUCUCAAAGCUUGUGCAGGUUUCGCCAAACGAUUCCCAAAGGAUGUUCCCGCGGAGCGCAAAUUUGUUCAGAGCAUGGUCAACUUCGCCGAGUACGGCACACCGCCCAAGGCGGCCAAGUACGGCGUGCAGAUUCUCCUGACCAGCACGGACAAGAAGGAUAUGCACGCCCGCGAUCUCCUUCGCAAGAGCACCAAGGGCUUUGAAUACGGGAAAAGCAACUAUCUCGCUCGCUUGGCCUCCAUGAGUCAACUCAUGCUCCUCGGUGGAAAGGCCAUUGAAGAUGAGAUUGACCCUGUGAUCGACAUCUGCAUCAACCAAGUGUUGCUGACCAAGUCAGCGCCUGUCGAUCCUGCAGAUAACCCUGCAUGGAGGGACGAGCCAAGCGAAGACUGUACAGCUAAAAUGUGGGCGCUCAAAGUACUCGUGAAUCGCCUCCGCGGCAUGGCACCAAACGACACCAUAAAGGAGACGUCUGCUCCAGUUUUCCAGCUCCUCAGGACCUUGGUCACCAACGACGGCGAGCUGUCAAAGAAGGUUGAGAGCCCUGCAGCUCAGAAGUCGAGAUUACGUCUCCUCGCCGCGCAACUCCUCCUCAAGCUCUGCCACGAACGCCGCUUCGACGCGCUGCUCUCGGGCCAGGCCUUCAACGAGCUGGCCGUCGUCGCCCAAGACCCCAACCCGAACGUGCGCGAAGGCUUCGUCAAGAAGCUCAUGAAGUACCUGGGGCAGGACAAGCUGCCGCGGCGCUUCUACGCGCCGGUGUUCCUGCUGGCGUUCGAGCCCGAGCCGCGGCUCAAGGACGGCGCGACGACGUGGAUCCGGGCGCGGCAGUCGGCCUUCUCCAAGACGCGCGAGCCCGUGUUCGAGAACGGGUUCGCGCGCUUCCUCAGCCUGCUCGCCCACCACCCGGACUACAGCGCCGACCCGGACAACCUGCGCGACUUUGUCCAGUACGUCAUGUUCUUCCUCAAGACGGUGGCCAACGCCGACAACGUCUCGCUCGUGUACCACGUCGCCCAGCGCGUCAAGUCGGUCGAGGACGCCAUCGACCCCGCAAAGAGCGAGAACCUCUACGUGCUGAGCGACCUCGCGCAGGGCGUGAUCCAGCGGUUCCAGACGCUGCACGGCUGGAGCAUCCAGGCGUUUUCGAAGAAGGCGCGCAUGCCGGCGGACGUGUUUGCGAACCUGCCCGGCCACGACGUCGCGCAGGAGAUUGCGGAGAGGCAGUACGUGCCCGAGGAGCUGGUGGACGAGCUGGACGACCUGGUGAAGGCGAGCAUGAGGACGAAGAAGCGCAAACCCGACUCCUCAGGCGACGCUUCCACCCGCGACAAGAAACGCGCCCGUUCCUCAAUGGCGUCGUCGUCCGGCCUCGCCAUCCGCAAAGCGGCGUCGUCGAAGAAGAUGAAGAGGCCGAAGAAGGCGAAGAAGCCUCGGAAAGGCGGCGACAUCCCGGCCAGCGAGCGGAGGCGCAGCGGCCGCGUCGUGGGCGAGCGCAGCUACGCGGAGUUGGACAGCGAUGACGAGGAGGGGGGAGCGGCCGAGGAUGACGAGGAGGUUAGUGAGGACGACGACGAGGAGGUUAGUGAGGAAGAAGAGGAGGCGAGCGAGGAGGAGGGUGAGGAGGGGGGAAAUGAGGAUGUGGAGAUGGCGGAUCGGACGAGCGAGGGGGAGCGGAAUGGGGCGGCGAGUGAACAGGAAGAAGAAGAGCAAGAAGGUGAAGAAGAAGGCGAAGGCGAAGAAGAAGAGGAGGAGGAGGAAGAGGAAGAAGAAGAACAGCCCGAACCGCAACCAAAAGCCACACCGAGAAAAGCACGUGGCGGUGCAAGUCGAAAAUCUGCGGCUGCCGAAACGCCAAAGGGUGGUGGUGGCGGGAGCGCGGUAAAACCGUCAACAUCGGCGAAGAAGGGGAAAAAGGACAGGAAGGCGGAUGAGGCGGCGGUGGACACGCCUCCUCCCCGGGCCUCGAGGAGAGGCGCCAAGGCGGCGGAGGACAAGCCGAACGGCGAGACGCCAGGCACUGCUUCUUCCACCGCAGCGAAGGGGGAUGCUGCUGGUGGGAAGAGAUCGACGAGGAGAUCGGGGAGGUCGUAA